CCACAAUGCCCAUUUUUUCUCUGCACCCAUCUCCCCACCACCCUCCCUCACCCCUCUUCCCCAACCCUCUCCCCCACCCCUCUCCCUCACCCUCUCCCCCAACCCUCUCCCCCACACCUCUCCCCAUCUCUCUCCCCCACCCGCUUGCCCCAACGGCCUCUACCCACCGUCUCCCCUCCCUGCUUUCCCGCACCUCUCCCCCACUCUCCGCACGCCCCACCCUUACCCCUCUCUGCCACGCCUCUCCCCCAAACCUCUCGCCCAACCCGCUCCCCAACCCCUUUUCCCCCACGCCUCCCGCCUGUGCCUCCCCUCCACGCCUCCUUCCAACACCUCCCCCUCUCACGCCUUGGCCACACGCCUCUCCCCCACCGUCUUCCUCCCCCAUGCCCUGAUCCUGCCGGGAGGAGUCAGCUGGCGAGGAGGCAGUGGGAUCCAGUGGCUAGCGCAAGUCAAUGUACGCGCAGAUCACGGGCAUAGGGCCAUGGGCCACAGAAGAGGGGGGGAGUGGGGUGAAGACAAGGCAGUGCCGGUGAGAUGGCAGAUAAGGGAGCGUGUGUGGCAGUGCGCUCUGCCAGUUAUCAGCCUGCAUCUUCGUGGCCUUCCCUCCCUUUCUUUUCCUUCCCUUUCCUACUUUCCCUUCCCUAUCUUCCUUUCCCUGCUUUCUCUUCCCUCCCUGGCCUUCCUACAUUCCCCUCCCUCCUUCCCUUCCCUGCGUUCCCUACCUUCCCCACCUUACCUGCUCUCCCUCUUUGCAGGGCCUAUUCAGCAGGCGCAAGCCAAGAUGACCACUAUUAUCACGUCUCCCUCUGGGCACUUGGCAUUUUCUCUGGCAGGCAGUGUGCUCCGCCUCCUCUGA